ACGAUGCCGAAGAGUCGACAAAGUGUAGAUUGAUCCACCCGGACAAAGGCCAUGAUAUUAGAAAGACCGACGUUGAGAUUAAGCUCGCUCCCAAGAUUACGUCGAUCAGCUUUCUCCGUCCGAGCUCGGAGGGUCCCUCCACCAAAGCCGUCCCGCUUCACUCUUCCUAAACCACUUCCUACACCAAUAUCAAGCUUCAAAUCCUGCAUUCAUUCAUUCUACACAACAUCCACCACAUCCACAAUGGCUGCAUCAAAUACCUACAAGCUCAUCUGCUUAGAGAAUCCUCUCCUUGACAUUCAGGCCAAAGGAGAUGAUGCACUCCUCGCCAAGUACGGCCUGAACGCCAAUGAUGCUAUCCUCGCCGAGGAGAAACAUCUCCCCCUCUACGACGAUCUCCUCCAGAACUACGAAGCCAAAUUGAUCGCUGGAGGCGCCGCCCAGAACUCUGCCCGCGGAGCUCAGUACCUCCUCCCCGACAACAGCGUCGUCUACAUUGGCAGCGUCGGCCAAGACAAAUACGCCGACAUCCUCAAGGCCGAAUCCGAGAAGGCCGGCGUCCGCGUCGAAUACCAUGUCGACGAGGCCACCCCCACCGGCCGCUGUGGCGUCGUCAUCCGCGGCCACGACCGCAGCCUGUGCACCGACCUCGCCGCCGCGAACCUGUACAAGCUCGACCACCUGAAAAAGCCGGAGAUCUGGAGCCUCGUGCAGCAGGCCGAGUACUACUUCGUGGGGGGGUACCAUCUGACCGUGUGCGUCCCCGCGGCCCUCGCCCUCGCCGAAGAAGCCGCCGCGAAUAACAAGAUCUUUGCGCUAUCGCUCUCCGCACCGUUCAUCCCGCAGUUCUUCAAGGAGCCGCUCGACCAGACCGCGCCUUACUGGGACGUGGUGGUGGGCAACGAGACGGAGGCGCGGGCCUAUGCGACGGCCCAUGAGUGGGGCACAGAAGACCUGAAGGAGAUCGCGAAGCGGUUGGCGGCGCUGCCGAAGAAGAAUGAGAAGCGGGACAGGACGGUGGUGAUUACGCAUGGGACGGAGCCGACGAUCGUGGCGGUGGGAGGGCCGGGCAAGGAGGCGACGUUGAAGGAGUAUCCGGUGCAUGUGGUUGGCAAGGAGGAGAUUGUCGACACGAAUGGCGCGGGUGACGCCUUCGCCGGGGGAUUCCUCGCUGGUCUUGUCCAGGGAAAGCCCGUUGACGCCUGCAUUGACCUGGGCCAAUGGCUCGCGAAGCUCAGUCUGCAGGAACUGGGUCCGUCGUACCCAUACCCCAAGCAGGCCUACCCCGGCUUGUAAGCCUGCACUUUCAUCAUUAUGGCGUUCUAAGGGUCGCGGUUCAACAAAAUAUUGGAAUGCAGCCAUAGAAGGCUAGGGUUUUCGGGGGGAUUUAGAGCCAGGGCACGCAUUCAACAUUUGCGUGCCAGCAAAGACGGCUUGUGAUAAGACGGAAAAGGAACAGUGCAUAUUCGGCCACAUGAGGGACGGGUUGCACGAUAAUGUAUUUGACUACCUUGACGAGAAAAGUAGAG